AUGAAGUUUGAGCAGCUGCUCGGUCGAGAGGUCAACAGCCCAUACCGCCAGCCCUUCACACAGUUCUUGGCCAAGUAUCCGGCCAAGGCGGUCGACAUAUUCAUCACGCAGGCGUGGACCAUCCCACAAAUGGCCACCCUGUUGCCACAGUACGCCACCACAUUCCGCCUGAUUGUCAAGGCGGGUGAGGUGUCCAAGCCCAUCGUCGAGGAGCUGGCCAAGAACUACAGCGUGUGGCUGGACAUGACGCAGAUGAACCCAGACUUUACAUACCUGGGCCUGAGCAUUGUGAACACGAUCAUCAAGAAUGACCCCAAGUGGCUGAUCGAGCGCCGACCCGUCCUGGACAAGCUGCUCGAGAUCUGGCGCUCGCCCACCCGCCAGGAUAUCCUCAGGAACAACGGCGAGAUCUCUUCGCCCACCAUACUCAAGGAGACAAGGAUCAUCAUCAAGUGUUUCAUUCACUGCUGUCGCCAGAACUAUGCAUCGACCGAGCUGCUCUUCCAGAUGCUCUUUGCAUUCCUCAUUCGCGGCCCCAUCGACUUCUCAUUCCUCCGCGACUAUCUUCAGGGCGAGCUGAUGGAGACGACGACCGUGGCACAGAAGCAGGACAUCCUGCGCGAAUACCUCGAGUUCAUGCAGACGGCUGGGCCAGAGCUCAAAGUGCACGCCAUCCAGAACAUCGUCAUCCCACUGCUCAACUCAUACUUCCAACUCGACGCGGCACAACGCACCAUCCAGCCCGAACUCUUUGGCCAGCUGGCAAAGCAGACACUCGAAUCCGAGAUACCCAACGAUGAGAUGCUGCUGGUCGAGCUACUCCAACUCGAGACGUUGUUGAUAAAGAACGUGCCCAUAUUCCUCAUCGACACACGACGUGACCUCAUCAAGUUUGCAUGGAAUCACUUCAAGAACGAGGACUUCACAUGCCGUCAGACUGCCUACGUGUUGGCCUGUCGCUUCAUUGAAGCCUACGAAACGCCCGUGAAGAUUGUGUUGCAGGUAUACGUGCAGCUACUCAAGGCUUUCCAGAACGAGGCCAAGCAUCUGGUGAAGCAGGCUCUCGACAUCCUCGUGCCGGCGCUCAAGGUGCGCCUCGUGGACAACUUCAAGAACAUGUGGAUCAAGUGGACCAAGAAAGUGAUCGUCGAGGAGUCUCACUCGCUGCAGCAGGUCGUGCACAUUCUCCAACUGAUCGUGCGUCAUCCCACGCUCUUCUACCCAUCACGAGCACAGUUCAUCUCGCAAAUGGUUAGCGUGUUGCCCAAGAUUGGCCUGGUGUCCAACAUCACGCCAGAGAACAAGAAGCUCUCAAUCGACAUCAUCGAGAUGAUCAUCACUUGGGAGAAGUGGAGAAUCAAUCCACAUUUGCUCCCAGUGACAGCCACUGCCACCGCCACAGCCAUGGCUACGACUGGCCCAGCAGCGACCAGCCAGCCAACGCCGUCUACUGUACCACCAGUCACACCCACCACCGAGGUCAAUGUCACGACUCCCAGCCAGCAGGUGGCCACGCCCAUCACACAGCAACAGGCUGAUGAUGACUAUCGCCUCCCCGCAAGUGUCAUUGAGCACAUUCUGCUGUUCCUCAUACGUCUGAUGACCAAUGGCACGGACGCCAAGAACACUGUGCUGGUGGACAAGUGCUCGGAUCUGGUUCGCCAGGCGCUCUCUAUCUGGCCCGACGCAAACAUCAAGUUCCAAGUGUUUGAGCGACUGCUGCACAGCGAUCAGCCACUCAUUCUCUCGACCACGCUCAACAUACUCAACAUCAUCUACGAGUUCCAGAUCAACACGUUCGUAACGACCAACGUGGCCAAUAUCCAGGCCUACGUCCAAGUGCUCCAGCAUGACAAUCCAAAGAUAUCGCAAUUGAUCUGCGCCAUACUGCGUCGUACGCUACAGACAUUCCCAACGAAUGGUGAGCUGGCUCAGUUCUACACGUCGAUGGCUACGGCCAUCGAUGGCAUCCUGGCCACAUUCGAGAAGAACUUUAACAUCUCGAUACUCAACGUGCUCAAGACCUUCAAGGAUGAGCAACCCGAUUGGAUCGAGCCUUAUCUCCCCCACCUGAUGAAGAUCAUCCAGCGAUUGACAGGCUUCCUGCUCGCGCCAGACACCAUCCCCAUCAUGCCACUCCCUCCUGGAACAGUACCGCCCGCUGGCGCCCAGCCACCUCGCCCACCAGGUGCACCCCCAGCCCAGCAAGGCGCCGUGGCAGUCCCUGGACAGCCGGGCCUGAAGCCAGCCCCAGGUGCAUUCCCCGGCGCGCCAAACGCCGCUGGUGCACCGGCCCCACAAGGUAUCAAGAGAUCGGAGAAGGAGAUCGCCCAGGCAUUGAUCAAGUGCUAUGCUCUGGUCAAGGCCAAGAUUGUCAAGCUCACAUCUGACAACCGCAAGAUAUUCCUGCAGUCCCUGCUGGUACUUCUCGAGCACAGCAACGACAUUGAGCUGCUGUCCGAGGUACUAGCCAUGACCACCAGCCUGAUCACCCAGAAGGAGUACGCGGGCAUCCUCAUGUCCAAGGAGAAGGUGAACUUUGUUCUCAAGAUGAGCCGCUUUGGCCAGCUCGACAACAAGGAUCUGAUCAACUCGUACUUCUCGCUCAUUCAGCAGGUCUACUCGGACCCCUCAAGCAGCCGUCUGGAGCUCUCCCAGCUCGAGCCCGGCUUCAUGCUUGGCCUGCGCUCGCACGACCCCAAGACGCGUCGUGGCCUCUUUGAGAUCCUGCACAAAUCUAUCGGCAGCACACCCUUCCAGCGACUCAACUACAUCGUCUCGAUUCAACAAUGGGACGCAUUGGGCAACAACUAUUGGAUACGUCAUGCUCUGGACCUCCUAUUGGCCAUCCUCCCCGCCACUGGUAGCGUAUCACUUCACAACAGCAUGGCACGAUUCCAUCAUAUCCUUCCCUCGACUGAGGGCCACUCUGCUUCGGCGGGCGCCUCUCCACCUCCAGGAGGCGUAUCGUCACAGUUUGCCGACAUGUUGGCCUCGCAUGACGAGUGGAUCGAAGGUGUGUCGUCAAACAAGGUGACGACAGGCGACAUCAUCAGUGCGCUUAGCGAGUUGACGUUCAACGACAUCCAACUCUGUCAUCACCUGUGGGUGCUGGUCUUUAGCGCAAUGUGGGCCAAGCUGUCCAAGGAAGAGCAUUACAAGCUGUCCAAGUCAUUGACCACAUUGCUCACCAAGGACUACAAGAAGACACCCAACAACGCCAUCCAGCUCUCGACGCCCGAGGCCAAUCAGAUCGUUCAGACACUGCUGGAGGGUGUGGCCAAGUGCACACCCGCACCCAAGAUCCCCGUUGAGAUCAUCAGUUAUCUGGGUGACGCGUACAAUGCCUACUACACAUCGGUCAAGAUGCUCGAGGUCAAUCUGCUCGAGGGCUCUAAGACGCCCGAGCAGACCGAGCCCGUCUGGGACGCACUAGGAACGCUCUACAACAACUUGAACGAGCGCGACCUCCUCUUUGGCCUGCUGCGCCGUCGCUACACUUGCGAUGAGACCAAGCUGGGCCUGCUCCUUGAGCAGUUCUACUAUUGGCAGUCGGCACAAGAGGUGUACUUCUCCGCGAUGAACAAGUACAGCAGCAAUGGUGCCAAGUCCACCACAAAGAGCGAGAACAUACUGUGGGAAGACCACUGGAUCGACUGCGCCAAGCGACUUAAUCAAUGGGAGGUCCUACUGGACUAUGCGCGCCAACAGAACAUGAAUGAGCUUUUGGUAGAGUCAUCAUGGAAGCUGUCGGCGUGGACACUCAUGAGAGAGGCGCUGGGCAAGCUACAACCACACGGUGACACAUCCAUCCGCAAGAUCUUGCAGGGCUACUCACUGAUCAUCGACAAGAAGUUCACAGAGGUCGACCCCAACAUUGUCAACUCCAACCAGCUCAUACUCAAGAAGUGGGUCAGUCUGCCCGAGCGCGCGUUCCAUGCGCACUCCCAGGGCCUGGUCGAGAUGCAGCAGGUCGUCGAGCUGCAGGAAGCCGUGCACCUUCUCAAGGAGGUCACGUUCUCAAUCUCCAACCUGCAUACGGCGCCUCUGAGCAGACCCGUUCUCGUCAACACGAUCAACGACGUCAAGACCAUCUUCACGAUAUGGCGCGAGAGACUGCCCAGCAAGGACGAGGACUCAGGCGUAUGGAACGACCUUCUCACAUGGCGCCAACAAGUGUUCAGUCUGUUGGGCUUUGGCGUCGAGCAGAUCUCCGAGUACAUCAACGCUGGACAGAACCAGCCUGUCAAGCCCAUCGUCCUGCCCGAGACCUCUUGGACCACCAACAAGUUUGCACAUAUCACUCGCAAGCAUCACAUCAUUGAGGUGUGUCUCAACUCACUCAGCAAGAUGUUCAACAUGCACAUUGAGGUCCAGGACAUCUUCCUCAAUCUGAAGGAGCAGAUCAAGUGCUACCUGCAGUUGCCCACGCACUAUGAGACUGGUAUUUCCAUCAUCAAUGGCACAAACCUUGACUACUUCCUACCGCUCCAAAAGUCCGAGUUCUUCCAGCUCAAGGGCGAGUUCCAGAGCCGUCUGGGACAGGUCUCUGACGCCAACCUCAACUUCUCGACGGCCAUCCAAUUGUUUGACAACUACGCCAAGAGUUGGAUCAAUUGGGGAUACUUCUGCGACAGCAUGUUUAGCAAUGGCGGUGGCAGUGCCACUGGUGGACAACCGAUGGAUGCUGAGACCAAGGCCGGAUGGGCGGAGAGUGCCAUCAACUGUUAUAUCCAAGGCAUUAGAUGUGAUCCUCGCUACGGCUCAAAGCUUAUCCCAAGGUUCCUCUGGCUGCUCUACCUCAAUGGUAGCGGUGAGGUGCCACACACCUUGCCCACCAUGCCCCAGAACGCUGCUGCAGGUGCCAACCCAGCAGCUCCAGCAGCACCCGCCCCUGCUCCAGCAGCACCCGGAACAACACCAACAGAGGGUACCAACCCAGCUCCAGCAACCACCCCCGAGGCUAACCCUGGCACGCCAACAGCAGCCCCACAAAAGAAGCCCUCCCUGGCCCAGUCGGUGUUCUCUUCAAUCGAGAAGCCAAUCACUGUGUUGCCACACUGGCUGUGGCUCAGUCACAUCCCAACACUUAUAACGGGUGCAAGCAUGAGCCUUCAGUUCCCCGGCUAUGGCUUCCUCUGUUGGCAGAUGCUGAACAAGGUGUGUUGUCUCUAUCCCAACUACUCCUACUACCACUUCCGCAAGCUUGUUGGCGACAUGAAGCAAAACCCAACGAACCCCCUGCUGUUGCCAACACCGGGCGCACAGGCCACUCCACUUCCUGGCCCCUUGAAGAUGGCAGAGACUCUCUCGGUACUGCUGCAGCCCUUCCAUGCUAGCCUCAUCAAUGAGAUUGACACAAUGCUUGUUGGCUUUGCCCAGCUCACACAUACCAUCCCCUCAGUGCAUCACCUUACAUCAUCAUUGAACCACAUCUUGAACGAAGCAUUCAGGGUACCGUUGGUCUCGGAGGAUAUCCCCGUCUCAAUCACAGACAUGCUCAAACAGGUACAGCAGCACUACUUUGAGGAGCCGCUGGCUGGCGCCCCUCAAGUCAACCAUCCGCCACUCCACAGUCUGAUGGUCGAGCGAUACAAGCAAGAGUUUGCCGAUGACUUUGGACCAAUGAUUGGACUGCAAACCUCAGCAAUGGACACCGCGUCUGAUGGCAAGCCUACAUUGUCAUCACUGAUCUCCAAGCUCAUCACAUGGGUGCAACGCAAACACAGCACAGCAUUGUGCACGACCUACACGACAAUCGAAUCGAUUACAGUUGCCAACUACUUCAGUCACAACUCCACGAUCCGUCUUGAGACAUUGGCGCCAUCACUUGCUGAUCUGCGUCCAACCCUGCUCGAAGUGCCAAGUCUAUACAGAGGAGUUCGGGAUCCAAGCCAGGAGAACAAUGUCAAGGUCGACAGGAUUGGCCUCACCGCACAGAUGGUCCUCAACUCCAAUGGAAUGCUCUGCCCACGCGUGACCUUCUACGCCACCAAUGGACGCGCCUAUCCAUUCUUGAUCGACAUUGAGACGCCACUGUUCAAGCCCAGACAGUCCCUUAGAAAGACUGAGAGACGCACACAACUACUUUGCUCAAUCAACAAUCUACUCAACAAGUACAGAGAGACGAGACGCCGUGGAAUAACCUUCAACCAGUACCCAACGAUGGUGCCCAUCAACAACAACCUGAACCUAGUUCAGGCCAUUGGUGGACGAGAGAUGACCCCACUCAUCAGUGUCUGGUCCAGCCAGGUGCCAGAGCAAGAGCUCUACUCGCCGCUCAUUCACUACAGGAACAAGCUGCUAGGAUCCAGCUCAACCGCUGCUGAGACAACACCCAAGGAGAAGGCACACAAGCCAACCAAACUCCAGGCAUUCCGUGAGAUAUCCAAGUACAUGAGCGACUCUCUGAUGACAUCCUACAUGAUGAAGAACCUCACCACCUACCAAGAGCAAUAUGAAUUCAAGCUGUCGUUUGCUGCCCAGUGGGGUCUCCACUCUAUGAUCUCCUACGUCCUGUUUAGCAAACCAGGCUGUCAAUCGCCCUCGGACAUUUACUUCUCCAAGUCCACAGGCUCAGUCUACUUUGGCAAGUGGGCAACCGACAACUACUGUGAGAAUGCAGAGUUCACUGAGAAUGGAGUGGUACCAUUCCGUCUCACACAGAACAUUCGAUCAUACCUCAAUCCAGUCUUUAUCGAGGGUGGCUAUCAAAGUUCACUGCUGGCAACUGCCAUGUGUAUUUCCCAAACAAAGGAUCAACUUAUCAACCUUCUCAGUCUGUACAUAUUCGAUGAGAUACUUUGUGGACACAUCUCUGAGCCAAUUGCCAAGACACAGAACAAUCAACAUCUGCACCAAGAGAUCCUGGAGAGGACACUCAAGGUCAUCAAACAGAUGAUCAACACAAGGAUCAAUGUCAUCACCCCGCCAGUGCAGCCAGACAAGACACUGUUCCUCACACCAAUCGUCAAGAAGGUGAACGAGUUGAUUCAAUUGUCUUCCAACUCAUCAAACAUAAGCCAAAUGGAGUCAGUCAGCUAUCCAUGGCUAUAA